AUGCGCAUCCUGUGCCCUCUGAAUGAACCCGUCUUAAAUGUCCUCAUCGAUAGCUCAUCGCUUAAUCACCGCAACACUCUUCGCGGAGUCCAGCGCGUCUUCUUUCAUGGCGUCCGUGAACACACGCUGAACUUUUACAACGAUCAAAAAACACUUCAGGACACAAAUAUGAUGGAGUUCAGUUCAAUAAAGGUUGUAAUGCUGGCAGUUGCAGUUGGUGUGUAUCUCAUUCCCUCACCCAUUGACCCUGAGCCGUACAUAUUUGAGGAACCCCCGCCAGCUCUGGAGGGCCCUCUGGCAGUAAACACACGGCUACAGAGAGGUCGACAGCUGUUCUCUGGUCAGCUCAAAGGCCCGGAGUCCUUCACUGCAGACCAGAAUGGAAACAUCUACACAGGCACGGUCGAUGGGAAACUCUGGAGAAUCAACAAGGAAUCUCUCACUUUCAUCACUCAAAUGGGGAGGAACAUUCCUGAAUGUGGCACAAGCAUGGACUAUGAGCCGGUGUGCGGUCGUCCACACGGCCUGCGAUUGGACCGUGACGGGCAGCUUAUCGUGGCUGACUCUUACCUGGGUCUGUUUAAGGUUGACCCUUGGACUGGAGAAAAGAUAUUGCUUCAUUCCAGCAAAGAGGGAGCUAACAGGAUUCCCUUUGAAUUUCUGAAUGGUCUGGAGAUUUCAAAAAAUGGGACCGUGUUUUUCACAGACUCCAGUAGUAAAUGGGGGAGACGUCAUGUCCGAUAUGAGGUGUUGGAGACAAACCACCUCGGUCGCCUUCUAUCAUAUAACCCUGAGACCGGUCACGUUCAGACGUUGCUGGACUCUCUCUACAUGCCUAAUGGGUUUGCCUUCUCUCCUGAUGAGGACUUCCUGCUUCUAGCCGAGACCAGUAUCGGACGGAUUAUCAGGUUCUGGUUGAAAGGACCUAAAGCGGGUUCAAAGGAGAUCGUCCUGAACAACAUGAUUGGUUACCCUGAUAAUAUUCGUGUCAGUGACCAUGGCACAUUUUUGGUGGGUAUAACCACCGUUAGAUUCAGUGGCAAACUUUUCCCACCAUUCCUGGAUCUGAUUGGUCCAUACCCCGCUCUCAAACGCUUCAUAGUGAAGCUCAUUCCUCUCAGCUGGUACAAUAUUCUGUUACCCAAGUAUGGGCUUAUCCUGGAGCUGGGGCCUGAUGGAGAGGUGAUUGACAGCCUACACGACCCAACAGGCAGCCUGACCUGGGCCAUCAGUGAUGUCUUCCAGCAGGGGGAGCACUUUUAUCUGGGCAGCACUGAUCUGCCAUUCCUUCCUGUGUUAGAGUGGAGUUGAAGAGCCUGGGGCUCCUACAGGUGAACCCAGAGAAGUGUAAUGCACAGUAACCUUUCCUAGAAUAAGUGAAAUAAUUUGCAUUUUAAAAAUGCACUGCGGUCUACUGAGGAGAGUACGUGAAGGUGCUCUGUACACUACCGGUCAAAAGUUUUGAAACACUAGACUGAAAUAUUUCUCAUGAUCUUAAAAAGCUUUUGAUCUGAAGGCGUAUGAUUAAAUGUUUGAAAUUAGUUUUGUAGACUAUAAUAUAAUUGUGCCAAAACAUUAAUUUAUUUCUUUAUAAAACUAAAAUGUAUUAAUAAUAAAAAAAAAAGGUUUUGAAUUUGAUGACUUGGACAAAAUAAUAAAGUAAAGCAGCCAAUAAGUGCCCAACAUAGAUGGGAACUCCUUCAAUACGGUUUAAAAAGCAUCCCAGGGUGAGACCUCAAGAAGUUGGUUGAGAAAAUCUCAAGAGUACAUUUCUGCCAAAUCUAGGCAAAGGGGGACUACUUUGAAU